UAUGGCGAGACAUUUUCAUUAUACGUAUUUGGACAAUUAAUAACCGUAGUCGGAAAGGAAUCAACUCAUGAAGUAUUAAAAAAAGAUAAAGAUUUUGAUUUUCGCGAAGCCUCUAGAAUGCAAUUACCUAUGGAUCUUAUAUUUAUUCAUCAAGCCAAUAAUUUUCCGAAAUCCGUUAUAAUAUUAAAAGAAAUUAUUCUAAGAAAAAUAAAAUAUUUUUCGAGUAGAUUACAACAAAAUAUUAAUAAGGCAUUGGACAUUUUUAUUGGUGAAUGUGCUGAACCGAAGGUUAUUCAUGAUCUAAAUAAACUAUUAUCAAGUAUCAUUUCACUUCCAACUGCUAACGCUGUUGUUGGUGAGGAAUGUUGUUCUGAUGAGGACCUUUUGGAAACUUUUAGAACCUUAACACAUUCAGUUAUAAAAAUGGUUUACGUACCACCAAUAUUAUCUUUUAUACAUCCCUGGCUUCACCGACAAUAUGUAGC